UUGAGCAACUCGUUCGGCAUAAGUCAUUUGACAAACCAACAUUCCAUACCAAGACAAGACACUUUCAAAGCUUUUUUUUUCUUGCACUAAUGUUGUCCUUGAUCGUCUUUAGGCUGGACCUUAUUUUUCAACCUCCUAUCAAUGUUCCCAAUUCUAUACUUGUCGUCACCUUUGUUGUUUUGGGUCCGUGUUCUGACUUGGUCUCUCUCUUAAUGUUGGACUGUUAGCUUUCAGAGGAGCUUUCCUCUCCUCCUCCUCUUUCGCCUUUCGCCUUUAUCCUCUCCAUCCCAAAAUGGAUCCAUAUCUCUCGCCCUUGUCCAUUUUUUUGGUCAAGCGCGGUGGGAGUGGGGAUCGCAUUUUGUUCCGUUAUCCCUAUUCGGAAAAACCAAGGGCCAAAGAGAAAGCUGGCCAGUCCGAUCAAGACAACCCGUACGCCAUCAUUCCGGAAGAUUUGUACAAUGUCGAACGAGAUGACCAGGAUCGCUUGGACGCCUCGUCUCUGAUCACUUUUCCCAAUAAGGAAUUGUCCAAUCUAUUCGCCGUCAGUCAAAGCUUGUGCGGUUCCAAAUUUGAGCUCAAGAUCGACGAUGUUCGCUUUGUCGGUCAUCCUUAUAGCUUGGAAUGGACCGAGGAAGAGCGACUCAACAGUUGGAGGAGUUAUAUCGAAGGUGCCACAUUUAAUCAGACCAUGAGCAUGUUCCAUGUGAUCAUCGCUCUUCCCGCUGAGACCAUGUUCUCCGUGGUCAAUUGCUAUUAUAAGCUGAGCGUCAUGUUAGGAAGCGCCAUCCGACAUGAAGAAAGGCGUUGCGAUUAUCUGGACAAACAAGCCACAAUCAUGCUGAAUGCUCAAGAUGAAGUGUCUGCUAUGUCAGAAGAUGAAGCUCGGCCCUCCCAAUUUGGUCUGGCUCUGGAAAGGUCACCUUUGGCCCAAACACUGAAAAAAGCCUUUGAAGACGUGGCUCGAACAGGCGUGACCGAGGUGUCGAUCAACAAGUGGCCUUCGGUCAGUUUUUGCCUCCCUCAGCGAGUGCACAAGUUUAUUAAUCCAAGAUUAUUGGUUGAGCCGCAUCUCAUUGACAAAUGUGUCAGCUCGAUUCGGCCAUAUCAUGCCAUCCUUCUUCUCAAAGAUAUCAAGGAGAUCCUCGAAAGCUUCCCUUUAGAUGGGAAUGGCGAUUUCAAGAAGAUUGUCAUCCAAGCUUCUCCGGAAAAAUCUAUGCGGACCUUAGCUUUGGAUUGCAACCUGCCCAAACAUUUUCUCCUCAUGGCCGCUGCCAAUCUCAUGUAUUGGGGCAAAGCCACUUUUGUCUACCCCGUUUGUCAGUCCAAUAUCUACGUGGUCUCCCCGAACGUGCCCAACCCUCUCAGUCCUCAUCUUAUGGAGAAGUUCACGGAAAAGUUUCCCGGGGAAUCGUUAGGCAAUUAUCUGACCUUGUUUUCGGAUCCGAACUCCAUUCAGAAUGCGAUGAACAUGUUGUCAGAUGGGAGUUCGGUCAAAUUUCUCACCCGAGUCAUCGUUUGGUGUCUCCAGCAUCACCUCUUGGUCCAGAACCACACCUACAUCACUCUUUUCAUCAAGCCUGAUGGCCCUAAAGUGCUUCAAGACCCAUUGGAAGAUAGCACUUUGGUGAAAAAGGACCUCAUCACGAGACUUCGAGAGAAUGCGGAUAAAACCGUGGAUGACGUUAUAUCAGCCUACGCUAGAGAGGGAUUUGGUCGGACGCCUCAAAGUACAAAACCCAUUGAUGAACAACUCAUCGACAAGUUUGACGAGGAUGAAAUCACUAUUCUGAAGGAGGUUGAGUGCACCGAAGAGGAUAUGCGAUUGUUCAUCCGAUGUGCUCCCUAUUUCAACGGCCAAUAUCAUAUUGAGGAGAUCAUGUUCCAUGAGAAUGUGAAUCGGCACGCUCUUCUUCAAUUGAUUCAUAAGUUCAAAGAUGUCCUCAUUGAGCACGAACAUGAGGACCCUGCCAUUACGUCUUACUUUCGACAAGCCAUCAAAGAACCGAAUGGUCACCAAUGAAGGAAUGGUUGGGCUUUUCUAUCGCACAACGGCUCAAACGUCUGGCAAGACAUCGUUCCUUCCUAUGAAUUGAGAGGGCGUCCAAAAGCAGCAUACUUAAACUAUGCUGUAAGAUUUAGAUUGAAUAGUAUAGCUGACCAAACCAAUUCGUUCUUUGGAAUUUGAAAUAUAUGCCUGAACAUCGAA